AAGUAUAUUUGACCUUUUCUAAUCCUAUUGCUUUGCAUUAAGUAUAGUAACUGUCUUCUUCCAUGCUAUGAAAGAACAAAUUUUUCAUAUGAGUCAAUUAAAUUUUCCAUUAAUAUCCACAUUUAUUGACAAAAAUCACUUUUUUUCUAGACCCCUUUUUGAUUCUUGAAGUAGAUAUGAACCCCAUUUUUUGGAUUUUUGAUAUAUGUUAUUUUGUUUUGAGAUUAUAGAGUAAAUCUCUUACUUUAUCAUUGUCAAAAUUGUGUUUUUUUUUUUUUUUUGAGUUUUGUUUGAUGGCGAAGAAGAAGCUGAGUGAUAGCCUUGUUAAGGAAUUGGCAGAGGAGGUGAAGGAAUGGGGUAGCAUGAAACAAACUGGUGUUAGUUUAAAACAUAUGAUGAAUUUUGGAGGUUCUUCGAAAAAUUUAUUGAUUUCUGCUCAAUUUGUUCAUAAAGAGUUGCCUAUUCGAAUUGCUCGUAGAGUUAUUGAGCUUGAAAAUCUUCCUUAUGGAUUGUCUUCAAAGAAUGCUGUUUUACAGGUUCGUGAUUGGUAUUUGGAUUCUUUUCGUGACCUUCGAUCCUAUCCAGAAAUAAAGGAUAAAAAUGAUGACUUGAAAUUUACACAAAUGGUUAAGAUGAUUAAGGUCAGGCACAAUAAUGUCGUUCCUAUGAUGGCUUUGGGAGUCAAACAACUCAAGAAAGAGCGGCCUCAAUUCGAUUACAAGGAUUUGAAAGAAGUACACCAGUUUCUUGAUCGAUUUUACUUAUCUAGGAUUGGGAUUCGUAUGCUUAUCGGGCAGCAUGUGGCCUUACAUGAUCCUAAUCCACUUCCCAAUUGUGUGGGAUAUAUACAUACAAAAAUGUCUCCUCUGGAGGUUGUACGCGAUGCCAGUGAGGAUGCCCGGAGUAUAUGCUUACGUGAAUAUGGCAGUGCACCUGAAGUUAACAUUUACGGAGAUCCUAAUUUGACAUUCCCUUAUGUUCCAUCUCAUCUGCAUAUGAUGGUCUUUGAGUUGGUAAAGAACUCUGCUCGUGCUGUACAAGAACGAUUCAUGGAUUCUGAUGACGAUGCCCCUCCUAUUCGUAUAAUAGUUGCUGGUGGUUUAGAGGAUGUCACCAUUAAGAUUUCUGAUGAAGGAGGUGGAAUACCAAGAAGUGGACUUCCCAAAAUUUUCACUUAUCUCUACAGUACAGCUGAGAAUCCGCUGGACGAGGACUUCACAACAACUGGUGCAGCUACUGCAUGCACCAUGGCUGGUUAUGGCUAUGGAAUUCCAAUAAGUCGUUUAUAUGCUCGUUACUUUGGAGGGGAUUUGCAGAUUCUCUCGAUGGAAGGCUAUGGUACAGAUGCUUUCCUUCAUUUAUUGAGGUUGGGAGAUUCACAAGAGCCCUUGCCUUGAUGCAUAUGACAUUGGGAGCUCAAUCUUGUUAAGAAAAUUUGAUUCUAAUGUACUUACAAAGGGAGAACUUUGAAAACUCAUUUUAGGAAUAAAUAAAUGAUGUUAGUAGCAAAGCCUCUUUGUUCUAUUAGGGCUCGGGAACGUUUGGUACAAAGAUUAAUAGCGUAGAGAUUAGUAACAUAUGAAUUAGUAACACAGAGAUUGGU